AUGGCAGCACUCGGCGUCACGCCACCAUCGGUCCAGGUAUGUAGCCACCGAGCCUCACUGGGCUCCAGCGACAAGGGCAUUGACGCGCCCUUUCUGGAGCGGCUCUCCCGCCUAGCAGCCAGCGGCAUCACCUGUUACGACAUCGACGUCACUGCCACUGCCGACGGGCAGCUCGUAGUCGGCUACCCCAACCACAUUAUCACCGACCUCUGGGCUGCAGGCCGAGGCGCUGCUGCUGCCGCCGCCGCGGCGGCGGCCACGCAAGGCCAGCCAUUUCAGGUGGACUCCGUUUCCCGGAGUGAGUAUGUGGCGGCGGGUCUGGAUCAGCGUCACCCGCUGCUGCAGGACGUGCUGAGGGUCUUUGCGGAGAUGGUGUCGGAAGACGCGAAGAAGAGGAAGAGGAAGCGGGAAGAGGAGGAACAGCAGGGGGCCGCGGCGAAGGAGGAGGGACCUGAGGGCGGAGCGGGCGCUGGAGUAGGAGGGCAGGGGGAUGGUGUGGGAGGAGGUGUUGCGGGAGAGACCGAGGCGGGAAAGCAGGGACAACAACAACAGCAAGAGGGGAAGGAGGGCGGGAUGGAGGGCGCUUCGGGGCAGCAACAGCAGGAGCAACAGCUGCAGCAGGAGGGGAAGGAGGACAGGGCGCGUUCCAAGUCGGCGGAAGGGAAGCAGCAGCAGGAACAACAGCAGGAAUCAGGCCAGGGCCGGAGGCUGCUGCUCAAGGACUCCGCAUUAAGGCCCGAUUUUGCGGAGCUGCUGCACAACCUCACCCGCGCACUUGGUAUUCAGGGACAUGUGGGUCUGUGGCUUCCGAGGCUGGAGCCCUUAUCGCUGUCCUCUUCCUCUUCAGUGGGACGGCAGGAGGGAUCAACAGCAGCAGCAGGAGGAGCAGCAACAGCAGCUGGCGAUCAAAGCUAUGUUGGGGUGGAGGCCGUGGGGAAGCACCUACAGCUGCUGGGCUCGGGGCUGCUGCGAGUACUGGGUCUUCCAGAUACCCGCAUCAAGCACCCGGAUGCCGCGCUGGCGGAGGUGGCGGCGGCGGCGGCGAAGGCGACGGCUAGACGGCCCGUGGUGGCGUGGGUAGUGGACUCGAAGGAGGACGCGACGCGGGCUGCGCACGCGGGUGUGGGCCGUAUCGUGGCAAACGACCCGCGGGUCAUGCAGAGCUGGCUGCGGUUCAUAUCCCAUGCCUGUAGCGAAGGAGCGGGGAUUGCGGCCGGGGUUGGUGCUACCGUGGCAAGCGGCGGCGGUGGCAGCAACUAG